AUGAGUAGUGACCUUGACCGGGCGAUCGAGCAGCUGCGGGCCUGCCGCCUGAUCCCCGAAUCCCAAGUUCGCGAACUCUGCUACAAGGCGCGCGAGCUCUUGAUUGAAGAGGGCAAUGUCGUGUCCGUGGAUGCGCCGGUCACCAUCUGCGGUGAUAUCCAUGGCCAAUUUCACGAUCUGAUGGAGCUGUUCCGCGUUGGCGGCGACGUUCCGGACACUAACUACCUCUUCAUGGGCGACUUCGUUGAUCGCGGUUUCUAUUCACUCGAAUCUUUCCUCCUCCUCUUAUGCCUCAAAGUCCGGUAUCCCGAUCGCAUCACUCUCAUCCGUGGCAACCAUGAGUCGCGACAAAUCACGACCGUGUACGGGUUCUACGAUGAAUGUAUUCGCAAAUAUGGUAGCGCCAAUGUUUGGCGCUACUGCUGCGAAGUCUUCGAUUAUCUGGCCUUGGGCGCGAUCGUGCUAGGCGCCAGCUCGGAGCUGGAACCCACAUCUUCACCCGCAAAUGAUACAACGCAAUCUACUAUGCCUAUCGAAGACAGCGAGUUGGAGACAGAGGUGCUCAAUUCGCGAGGCGAAGUCACGAUGAGUACCUACCGUCAGCGACAGCGCGCGUCUUCCAAUAAUUCCACAGACUCCCGAAACAUUUCACCACCACGAGAUAUUGGGGCCGCUCCAGGCCAAGCUGGUGCGCCUGCACGCUCUGGCGCACCGGGCACAGGGGCUGGCGGAGACAGCAAUGGCAGCGCGCCGACCAGCCGAACAGGCGCUGUUCUCUGUGUCCACGGUGGACUGUCGCCGCUCAUUGACUCUGUCGACAAAAUUCGACUCAUCGAUCGCAAACAAGAAGUUCCUCACGAAGGAGCCAUGUGCGAUUUACUCUGGUCCGACCCAGACGAAAUUGAAGGCUGGGGCCUAAGCCCACGAGGCGCCGGUUUCCUCUUCGGUGGUGAUAUCGUGAAGCAAUUCAACCAUCUGAAUGGCCUCUCGCUGGUCGCACGUGCCCAUCAGCUUGUUAUGGAGGGCUACAAGGAGAUGUUUGACGGUGGAAUUGUGACCGUCUGGUCUGCUCCGAACUACUGCUACCGAUGCGGCAAUGUAGCUGCUAUUUUAGAGCUAGGUGAGGAUGCUAGCAAUGGUGGCACCGUCGCCCGCAGUAAUGGAGACUACGGGCGUAGCAAUGGAGUUUUGGACAUGGGUUCGAAUGUCGUCAGCCCGGGCCGGAGAUACCGUGUGUUCGAGGCCGCUGCCCAGGACACAAGGGGCAUGCCCGCAAAGAAGCCAGUCGCCGAUUAUUUCCUGUUCUAUUCCAAGGCCUUCUCUUUUCCUGUGUAA